AUGCAGCUCACAGCUGCCAUGGCUGCCGCGGUGCAGGGCCAGCCGGAGCUCAAGUCCAGCGGUUGGCGGAGUUGGCGGGCCCUCAAAGCAAGCAUCGCUGGCAUAUGUGGACUGCUGCUUUGCAGUAUGUCGAGCUUAUGUUUCGCGAACUCGCCCAGCUUGGUGUCGCGAAGUAAGCCGAUGCUUCGUGAACGUUUCGCUCAUCGCACUACAGAAGCACCAUCUUCCCUCCACAGUCUUGGCCGAGCUCUUUCGGGAGCAGCUCCUGCACUUCUGGCUGGAACUGGUGGUGCGGUAGCCAGCCGUCGACGGAGAACCAUAGGUCAGAAGUCGACACAGUCAGACGGCGAGAUGGCUCGGGAUCCAGAGGCACCACGGAUCGCUCGGGAUCCCGAAGCAUCGAGCUCACGGGCAGCAAAUCCUCCCAGCAGCGGGGAUGAUGACGGCCUGAAGGGGCUCAUGAGGAAGUUGAAGGAAGAUCCCGAGUUUCAAGAGGACGUUAAAACGUUCUUCACAUCGCUCACGGUGGCUCUAACGAUUCGAGGCUUCCUGGUUGAGCCACGUUUCAUUCCUUCUUUGUCAAUGUACCCGAACUUCGACAUAGGUGACCAGCUGACAGUCGACAAAAUCUCAAAGCGUUGGCGCGAGUACCAACGCAGGGACGUGGUUGUGUUCAACCCGCCACCGGCGUUCAGUGCUGUGGUUGGUGGCGACAGAUCUGGAGAUGCCUUGAUCAAACGCAUUGUUGCCAUUGCUGGGGACAAAGUGGAGGUGAAAAAUGGCGGAACAUUGUACAUCAAUGGUGAAGCGCAAGAGGAACCUUUCACGAACGAGGCUGCCAAGUACGACUUUGGACCCGUGACAGUUCCAGAAGGAUGUGUUUUCGUCCUUGGCGACAACAGGAACCAGUCUCUGGACGGGCACGUGUGGGGAUUCCUGCCCAUUGAAAACAUCAUCGGACGCGCAACUUUGAAGUUUUGGCCACCAUGGCAUGUUGGCUCUAUCGUUGCAGCUCCACCUUGA